GCGUUUUUCUGACAAUUGUCAAAAGUUCACUCUCGUGGGGUGCUGUGCUGUUUUUGUUGAAGUGUUAUAUUUAUUAAACUGUUAUUGUUAUUCAGUCAUUUUAGAUAAAUGCAUGUGGUACUAAUUCGCUAAUAUGAAAACCAGCAAGUCGCCAGAAAACAAAGAGGUGACACCAUCAAAGAAGAAAUUAACUCAAGCCCGUCUUCCUUUCAAGAUUAUCAGCGAUGCUUCACCAACUGCAGCCACCCAACAGCCUCGGAAGAGGAAGUUAUCAGCACCAAAUCCUGAACCUGUCACUAAGAUUGGUAAAAUCAGCAAAGAAAAUGGUAUAACGGAUGACCCAGUGGUCAUAAGCGAUGACGACUGUAAAGUUGAAAAGGCACAACAACACGAUGACAAACUAAUGAAUCCGUUUGUGAAAUUGGUGGAUACAGCUUGGAAAAAGAAACAACAGAAAAGUAAGAAGAAAAAUAUAAAAAAGAAAAAAGUAACUGUAACAACAAACUUGGAGAGUAGUGAAUGUGAAGAACACAUGGAAGUAGAUAUACCUUUUGAAAUAUCUGACACAAAUCAAAACAAAAAUAGUGAACAUGAUAUCGAAGAGCCUCCGCCUACCAAUCAUCUUCCAAAACCUUUGGAAAAGAGUGUUGAAGAGUUGGAAGUUAGCAAACCAGCCACUGAAAUGUCAUCCCCAGAGCCGUCAAAUGAUGCUGAAGUUAUUGUUUUAGAAGAAUCCAAUGAUGCUGACAUCAAUUUGAAAACUAAAGAAGAUACAAGUGACAUGACUGAUAAAAUUCAUGCAAAUAUGGAUGGUGAAAAUUGUUCUAAAGUUCUUGAUAAUGUUAAAAGUGAUGCCAGUACUGAAGAGAAAUAUAUAGAAGCCGAUGACAGCAAGGAAUCUCAGAAUAAAGAUAUAAAAUUGGAUGUAACACCAAAAAGGAGUAGUAGGAACAAGGCAAACUUGAAUUCCUCAAAGCUGAAUGACUCUGUGAGUUCUGCUCCAAGCACUCCAAAGACACCAAAGACAAGUAGGAGCUCUUCUGUUUCAAAUAGCAUUGGUAAUGAGUCUUUGAAUGAUUCUACUGCCAGUCUUACUCCUAAACAGCAACAAAAGAAGUUGGAGUCAGCUAAGAAAAAAGAGGAAAGAGAGAAAGAGAAGCAGGAACGUGAAAAGAAGAGACAGCAAGAGAAAGAAGAGAGAGCUAAGUUAAAACAAGAGAAAGAAGAACAGAAAAAGCGUGAGAGGGAAGAAAAAGAAGAAGCAAAACGCAAGGAAAAGGAGGAAAAAGAGGAACAAAAGAGAAAGGAAAAGGAAGAAAAGGAGAAACAGAAAGAAUUGGAAAAAAAAUUGAGAGAAGAAAAAGAAGACCAGAAGCGUAAAGAAAAGGAGGAGAAAGAAGAACAAAGGAGAAAAGAGAAGGAAGCUAGGGAAGAAGAAAAAAGGAAGAAGCAGGAAGCUUUAGAACUAGAGAAACAAGAACAAGAAAUAAAGAAAAAGAAGGCGGCUGAGGCCUUUGCUAAUUUCUUUGUUCCCAAACAGAAAACUGAAAAGGAGCAUGCCAUGUUAGGACCAGUCAGUAAAAAUGAUAUGCUGUCAAGUUUUAGAGUAAAGGUUGAUAUGAGAUUAGCACCUACUGUUCGGACAGAUCUAACAGAGGAUAAAAGGGAAAAUUUGGAUACAUUAAUGAAGAGACAAAAUGAGGAAAUGCUGUAUUUGAAAAGUCUCAAAGAAGGUAUUUCAAAACCAUUAUCAAGUGGAAAAACGUGGCCUUUGGAAGAUAAAGAUGAUGAUGUAAUGGUUAUCGAAGACGAGCUGCCGGUCGCGACGGCGACGGCGGGCGCGGGCGCGGAGCCGCGCAGGCGGCCGGGCCCGCGCGCCAAGCUGCUGAGCUUCCACCACACGCGCCGCCCGCCCUACUGGGGCUCCUGGAGGCGGACCAGCGACACAGUCACGGCUAGGAGACCCUUUGCGCAGGAUCAGAAACACCUAGACUAUUCAGUGGACAGCGAUGAGGAGUGGGAAGAGGAGCCGGAUGGCGAAAGUAUUAACGGCAGCGCGGCGAGCGACGACGACCUCGAGGCGGAUGAGUACGAGGUCGAUAAUGAUGUGUUCGUGCCGCACGGGUACCUUAGCGACGAGGAAGCAACAAUGGAUGAGGAGGAUAACGUUCUCGCACUUUCCCCUGAAGCCCAAAAAGCGAGGUUGAAACACCUCGAAGACGAAUUCGAGUCUGAAAUGAAGAAACCAACAGAAAAGUUAAAACCACGAGUCUAUGGUUUAAUCUGGGAGACCAGUGACGGUGGUAAACCGGAAAAUUGUGUUGAUGCUCUAUGGAAUUACUUCAGAAAGUUUUCUAUGAUUGUGGGUGAACCAGUACUUGAGCCUAUCACAGAACCGGAGGAAGCUGAAAAGAAGAAAGUUAAAAAGAAGAAAUCUCUUCCCGAAGGGGACAGCCCUAAAGCUGAGAAAAAGCGGAAGUCUAAAGCGGAUAAUAAGGAAGUAAAACCUAAAGUGGAAUCCAAGAAAACUACAAGUGAUAUUAAGAAGAAUCAACCUGGGAUCAAUACAUUUUUAACGAAAGUAAAAUCGUCUUAAUUAAGUUUAUUUAACUAGAGAGCGAAAUCGUAAAUUAUAUACGCCAAUAUACACAUGUUACAAACGCUAAUUGAUUAUUUCACUUAUUCAUUACUGAGGGCGGUUGCAUUUCACUUCUCACUAUCGAGUAGAUUGGAAGUGAGACGCAGCGAACCAAUCACAUUGCGGUGUGGUUGUCGUUGCGUUACAAUAGCGCACUGUGAUUGGUUAGCUACGUCUCACUGCGAAUCGACUCGAUGGUGAGAUGUAAAUAGCAAAGUCGAACUACGCACACUUACGGCAGUUGAAUAAAAAUACAAAUAUAAUAUUUUAUUGGGUCUCGACAUUUGUUUUAUGAAAUGUAGUCGCCGAUAUAGGUAUUUAUUGCGAAAACAGUUAACUGUGUGAGCUACCAUAAUUAAGAGAAAAAAAUCAUAGUAAGUUACAAAAAUAUUCCUACAACAUAAAAACACACUUAAUAAAAUUUUACAAUUUAACAAUUUACAAUUAAUAAAAUAUAUUAUUAGCUUGAUGGCCUGGCAUUUAUACCUGUCGAAUUCUGAAAGUUAAAGUGCCGCCCGAAAAAUAAUGCCCGAAUUUGGGUACAAGAUUCGCUCUAAAUUAUUUUAAUUUUGUACAAGAAAUAUGAAAUAAACUUGACACAGACAAAAAAUAUGUCACAUGCAAAGUUAAUAGAUCAAAAAAACUACAUUAGUAAUACUCUGACACGAUAUAUUUUUAGUAUUUAAUAAUAAUGAAUUAUAAAAUAUUAAUGUUGCUAUGUCUGUUUUCUCCAUUUCUGUAAGUAACUGUGGGCGUUUGUAUAAAAUAUAUGAAAAAUUGUUUUGAACAAACCUUACGGAGAAAAUUUCAUUUUUGUAUCUCUUAUAUUCGAAUAUUUGUAAGCUAAGAAGAGCACAAGGUUAAAUUUUUUCCCUACUAUAUUCAGCUGUACAUUUCUGUUUAUUAUUCCCCCAUGGGAAAAAGAAGUGAUAAUAUGUAUGUAUGUGAUGUGAUGUAUAAAUUAGUAGACACACUGUAUAUGAAAGCCUAGAAUGAAGAUGAAGUGUUUUUCUAAAGUGGAAAGUUGUAAAAGUUUUUUAACGAACUGUGUUUGUACAAGUAUUAGGUAUACAUGUUAAUUCCAUCUAUUAAAAACUAGCUGCGCCCCGGGGCUUCGCUUCCGUGGGAAUGUCGGGGUAAAAGUACCCUAUGUGUUAUUCCAGCGUGUCUAUAAUAGUGUGUAUUUAGUGUGUAUCUGAAAAUGCGAAGUUGAAACUUGUUACUUGUCUUAACCUUAGAAGUUUUAAAAUUGUGCCUUUGUUAAUUUCAAAGCUUCUUGUGUCCAAACUAUGUAAAUAUCAAUAUCCUUUCGCUAAGUUAUGAUGUAAGUAUCCAAUAUUAAUUUUAUUGUCCAAUAAAUAGUAUUAUACAAAU